AUGGACGUCGAGCAUAAAGCGGAAGCAUUUCUGGAGACCGAGACAAGCUUCGGGAUGCGCGUGUGGCAUCUGCUGUUUCUUUGUUGCGGAUCCGUGCUCGGCGUGGUGAUAAUGCUGUGCUGCUGCAUUCGGUUCCGGAUACCGCGCACCAAACAGGAUAUUGAGGCGGAUUAUCAGCGCAAAAAGUUGACCCGCAAAUUUCGCGAGCGGCUCGACUGCAUGAACAACGACGUAAUCGACGAAAUGGACCUUCUACGUGCCCUCGAGCGCGUCCGCGAAGAUUACCGCGCGGAACAGGAAAAACUGGCCAGCAGUAAGGAGGUGGCCGAAAACAAGGACAAUCAGGCAAUCGUGACCGUUUGCGAUAACGUUUGA